AUGAUGAUCGCCGUAAUUCUGGCGACGCUAUGGGCGACUUCAGCUCUUCCCAAAACAUGGGCCCUCCCAACGUGGCCUUCGCCUGCCGACGAACUCGAAGAUCUUAUGUUCCUCCACACCGGCUACCGUGCUCGAGGAUUUGCUGCCGGCGUAACGCCAUGCUCUUUCUCCAAACAGGGCCCUUCUCGAAUUGCGUCCGCCGAAUGGCUUCGUACUGCGUUCCAUGAUAUGUCCACCGGGAAUGUUUUCACUGGCGUCGGUGGCCUGGACGCCUCGAUUAUGUACGAGAUAGGUGGAAAUGGAGGAGAGAAUCCCGGCCCAACAUUCAACAAUACCCUUGAAACCUUCACUCCCUUCUUCUCACCAAGAGCCUCUAUGGCCGACCUGAUAGCCUUGGGAGUGCACACCGCCGUUCGAUCCUGCGGGGGUCCGAUAGUCAAGGUCAGAGCGGGAAGAAUCGAUGCGACUUCUCGAGGUCCUGUUGGAGUGCCACAACCUGAGAACUCCCAGAGGACGUUUAUCAACCAGUUUGCGCGAACUGGAUUCAACAUCUCCGAAAUGAUCGCCUUGACGGCUUGCGGGCAUACGUUAGGAGGAGUUCAUUCACAGGAUUUCCCCCAAAUUGUGAAACCGGGGACGGUGCAAAAUGAUUUCCAGCUGUUUGACUUGACCCCAGAAUUCGACGAAAAGGUAGCGUCUGAUUUUGUAAAAGGUGUUCACACCAACCCACUGGCAGGAGCCCUUGCACGUACGAAUACACGAGACUCUGACACGAAGGUGUUCACUGCGGACAACAACAAGACGAUAACAGCGUUGGCUGAUCCAGCCGCGUUUCGAGAUACAUGCGCGAAAAUGCUCCAAAGAAUGAUUGAGGUUGUUCCAUCCGGAGUGAGCCUGACGGUUCCCAUUUCGCCAUAUGAAGUUAAACCUUCGCACCUUCAGCUCGCGCUGGCCGGAAAUGGUAGUACACUGUAUUUCUCCGGUGAGAUUCGGGUCAGGACGACACUUCAACCAGCCAGUGCAAUUGCGAAAGUGCAACUCUUGUUCAAAGAUCGCCGAGGUGGUACAGAUUGCGAUUCCUGUACAAUUGGCACCGAACACAAGGGAAAUGCAGCGGGUUUUGACGACAAGUUUGCUUUCUACGGAGUCUCGGCCAGUUUACCGGUUGAUACGUCCAUCUCUAGUUUCAAGGUACAAAUCACUUUGGCCUCAGGUAAGGUAGAGGUGUACGACAACAAUGGAUUCGAAUAUCGUGUACAGGACACGAUCAUGCUCCAGCCUAAACAGAGCUGCUUUAGCAAAGCCGAUUCUGCUGGUAAUCUGACAAUCACCGCUGCUGUCCGAGACACAGUAGCAUCGCCAAAUGUGACACUUGCUCUGUUUAUGAAAAUACCUCGAGACUGCUGUGUUGUCCCCGCGCUGAAGACAAAGCUGAUCGCUAUGACAAAGCAAAGGAGCAUCGGCCCAUAUACCUUGUUCUCAAGCAGCUAUGCGCUAGAACCCUUCUUGAAAUCUAGUACAAUAUUUGACGUUUCCGUGACAAGUGGAGGCAAAGUCAUAUUGGACAGUUUCAAGCGCACCGCCGAGUUAGGGUCGACGUGUGCGUCCUUCGGCUCAGAUGGUCCUACCAAACCUGAGUUCAAUUACGAGGGCUGCUUUACUGACAGCGUCGCCUCGAGGACUCUUACCGGGAAAGCGUCCGCCGACGACGAAAUGACGAUUGAGAAAUGCGGCAGCCAAUGUAAGGACUACCAGUUCUUCGGUCUCGAAUACGGGAGGGAGUGCUUUUGCGGCAAUACAAAAGGCUCAAGGAGCGUUAAGGUCGAAGAAUCUGAAUGUUCCAUGGCCUGCGGAGGCGAUAAAUCCAAGGUUUGCGGCGCGCAAGAUCGCCUGAACCUCUAUAAGAACACAGCUUGGAUCCCCACGAUAAACCUCGAUAUUGCGGGAUACAAACACCUUGGAUGCUAUGACGAUUCGAGGGACAGCCGUGCGCUAUCAGAGAGCUUUGUGUAUAGCGACAAGAUGACGGUGGAUAUGUGCGCUUCCUUCUGUGGUGGGGCAAAUUAUUUCGGUGUCGAGUAUUACAGCGAGUGUUAUUGUGGUGCUACCCUAUCGCCGAGGAGUUCCAAACAGCCAGAAACAGAUUGCAGCUUCCUCUGCUCUGGGAACAGUACUCAGUACUGCGGUGGGAGCGACAGGAUCAAUGUGUAUAUGAAGGAGCCUGUGCCCUCAGGCUGUAAUGUCGACGCAACAUCCCCAACUAGACGUGUGUAAAGGGGCUCUUACGAUAUAUAUCUAACAUUGGCAUGCACUCGAGAUAUAGAUAGACUCCUGCUAGGAACAACUAAAGUAAUAUUUAAUAUUUUGCUGGAAAGAUGGAAAUUGAAUAAACAUAACCAAAACAACGUACGUGCUAAACAUACCGUUUUAA